AUGAGUGCAGCUCUAGAGAGAGAGUACCGAGUGUGUGAGGAGAUCGGCCGGGGCAGAUACGGCGUCGUGUCGAGGUGCUACUCCGCCGCCACCGGCCAGUGCUUCGCCGUGAAGUCCAUCGAGAAGCGCCUCAUCCAGGACGACGCCGUCGACGGCCUUUGUCUCCAAAACGAGGCCAAGCUCAUGCAGCUCGCCUGCGGCCACCGGAAUGUGCUCGGGAUCUUCGAUGUUUACGAGGACGACGAGUUCCUUCAUAUCGUGGUGGAGUACUGCGAAGCCGGAGAUCUGUUCCAGCGGAUUACGGCCCGGCCCGUGUUCUCUGAAUCGGAGGCCCGCCGAGUGAUGGUACCACUAAUGGAGGCAGUGGCUCACAUCCACGAUCGAGGAGUGGCCCAUCGAGACAUCAAGCCUGACAACAUCCUCUUCAACUCCUACGACGAGCUCAAACUCGCCGACUUUGGUUCAGCCGAGUGCUUUGCCAACAGCGGUUUGAUGUCUGGCAUUGUGGGGACACCUUACUACGUGGCUCCGGAGGUGGUGGCUGGAAUGGAAUACGGUGAGAAAGUUGAUGUGUGGAGUGCAGGCGUGAUCUUGUACAUAAUGCUAUCUGGGAUCCCACCUUUCUAUGGAGAGUCGGCUAGGGAUAUUUUUGAGGCCGUGCUAAGGGCAAAUUUGAGAUUUCCCCGGGCCGUUUUUGGGUCGAUCUCACCGGAUGCUAAGGACUUGCUGAGGAGGAUGCUCUGCAAGGAUGUGUCGAGGAGGUUCUCGGCCGACCAAGUUUUGAGACAUCCAUGGAUGACGAGUGAUGAAGAAGCUAGAGCAAUGGACUGA